AGCCACUUUGGCUCGAGAACCGCCCGGAGCCCGUCGGCCCCCACGUCUGACGGCGCCCCGGGGUGCCGCAGCACCAGGCCCUCCCGGGGCAGCCGCACCGUGGCCGUCGGAGCAGCCAUGCCCCGUGGCCCGCGCGGGAUGGAGGCGGCGCUGACGGACGCUGCCGCGGCGGAGGUCAGCGAGGACGCCGAGCCGUUCGCGGGCGAGGAGGGCCGGCGGGCCCUGCGGACGAGCUGUGGCGGACGCGCGCUGGUGGCCUCGGUGUCGCUGCUCGUCUCGCUCGUCGUGGCUGCCCUGGCGGCGAACGCUCGCGGCGUGGGGUCGCGCGAGACGGCGCCGCCGGCGCUGGUGCCGCAGAGGCUUUCCUCUGGAGGGCCAGUGCGCGUGAACGGGUGCCUCGACGACAAGCGGCCCGGCGACCCGUAUGCCGUGGCGAUUGUGUUCGCCGGCCGCCCGAAGUACAUGCGGCUGCUGGUGGCGUACCUGGACCAGCUCGUGGAGGACUGCUCCCUCGACGAGGUGCACGUGUGGAACUUCACGAAGAGCAAGAGGGACUGGAGGUGGCUGCAGAACGUGAGCGCCAGCCGCCCAGCGUUCCAGUUCAUGGAGCCCGCGCUGCCGGAGAAGUGGUACCCGACCGAGUACACCUGGCAGCAGGACCGCUGGAACUUCGCGCACCGCUUCUACGCCCCCCCCAACGAGACCGACGCGACCAGCGGGACCAGCGGGACCAACGAGACCCUGGAGCCCCGGUUCAUGCCGCAGUGGUCGGGUGCCACGCCGAAUUCUACGGUGCUGUUGAAGAUGGAUGACGACAUUGUCUACAUCGACACGGUGGGCUUCCCCGGGUUCACUCGCUAUGUCCGCGACCACCCCGAGAAGUUCAUCGUGCACGCGAACAUCGUGAACAAUCCUGUCACAGCUUACUACCAGGCCCACCGUAUCGAGAGGCUUUCGAAGCAGCACCCAGAACUUCUGAAGUACCCAAUGAGCUGGGCCAUCCCUGGACUUGACGGGGACUUGCUGUUGCUCGACAAGCCCAUAGUUGGUGAUUUGCAUCGGAUGUUCAUAUCGCACCUAGAGCGUUUCUCUUGGGAGAACGAGAGCGAAGACAGCUGCACUAGGUACAGCAUGCCGGUUGAAGACUUUUACAAAACUUCGAUCUUGGAACGGAGAUUUGCCACGUGGACGCUUAUGCAAUUCAAAUAUCCUGAGACGCAGGGCAGGCUGUGCAUCAAUUUUUUCGGUGCCAGGUGGGCCGCCUGGGCAAAGGUCCGGGACCUGGUCGAAGAAUACGGGGGCGUCGACGAGCAAGCCCUCACUGUUUGGGCUACCACUAAGAAGCAUGGCCUGGAGGAGUGCAUCUACACCCCGUUCAAUGUGGCACACUACGCCUUCCUUCGCCAGAGAGAGCGUGGGUUCGGCGACAAGGACCUGAAGCUCUAUGAGGAGCUACUGGCCAGGAAGAUCACCAUUCGAUCGACGAACCACAACUUGAUCGAAACACUGUCUGAGGAUCUCCUGGGGCUGCGCUCGAAUUGAGUGCGCUCACCUAUGCUGUAGCGGCGCCGUCUCCUCACCUCCCGAACCUUGGUGCUGCUGUGCAAGGCGUGCACUGUUGACGCUCACCGGCGUGUGCGAGAGUGCACAUUCUUAAGGAACGCCGCCCUUUGCAGGUCUAAUUCGACGCGCGUCUUUUGACAAGGUGCCAGCGCUAUUUACAGCGCGGAUGCGUAGAGGCGGGCUCGUGGGAUGGCGCGAGGAUUCGAGCCUUCUCGAUGGCUGUCAAUAUGUUCCGUACCUUCGCCACGGAUAUCUGGAUAGGUGGCGCCAGGCAGGUUGACAAUUGCCUGUCUGGCUUAUUCCGAGGAGGUUGUGCCCUCAAUAGGAAUGUGUGUCGACGACUGCCAUUUUUGGGUCGAGCUUGACCGCUGCAUGUAAACAAAUUAUCCCAGUGCGACCCUACCUAGG